AUGGACGCCGCCGAACCCGAACAGACCCCUUUCGAAGCCGUGACGACCCAGACGUCCAGGCUCAACAUGAAAUACCAAGCGCUGCUUGAUCAGUCGACGCCCUACGUCCUAUACCGAUGGGUCGGCACCGGUGCCAUCCUCUUCCUCUUCUUUUUGCGCGUCUUCAUCGCCCAGGGCUGGUACAUCGUCGCGUAUGCCCUUGGCAUCUACCUUCUGAACCUGUUCCUCGCCUUCCUGUCGCCCAAGUUCGACCCAUCAAACGAGGCCGCCGACAAUGAGAUGGAGGAUGGCUCUGUGGGCACCCUCCCCACGCGCCAGGACGAGGAAUUCAAGCCCUUCAUCCGUCGCCUACCCGAGUUCAAGUUCUGGUACUGGACCACCAGGGCCGUCGUCAUCUCCUUUGCCUGCACCUGGUCCCAGAUCUUUAACGUGCCCGUCUUCUGGCCCGUUCUCCUCAUGUACUGGUUCAUGCUCUUCGCCCUCACCAUGCGCAAGCAGAUCCAGCACAUGAUCAAGUACCGCUACGUUCCUUUCACCCUCGGAAAGAAGACGUAUGCCAAGAACAGCUCUUAA